AUACGACUUUUGCGUCUGUAGUCAAGAUGAGAGUACCGUGGACUAGGUUAAUUCGCUUCAAGGCCGCCGAUGGGCGCGUGCUGCGUGGCGAGCCGAUACUCCCCAGCGAGGACUUUGAUCUCGGGAAAGUGACCGAAGCAGACCAACUGAAGGCGAAGGUGAUUGUGGGAGAUGACCCUUUCGAUACUACUGGGAAAACAGUUGUCAGCGACGAGGUUGUGACGGUUAAGACUCUGCUCGGUCCUCUGGCCAGAGACGAAGUACCAAUCUUGAGAUGCGUCGGGCUGAACUAUGCGAAGCACAUCAAGGAAGCGGGCAGGACGCCGCCUCCAUUUCCAUUCAUCUUUUUCAAACCCAAUACCACCGUCACAGACCACGGUGCCGCCGUGGUAAUACCGAAGAUCGCACAGGAUGAUCAAGCAGAUUAUGAAGGAGAGCUGUGCAUGGUCAUCGGCAAAGACGCAAAGGACGUUUCGAAAGAGGAUGCUCUUGACUACGUCGCUGCUUACACGGCAGGUAAUGACGUGUCAUCGCGCAAACUUCAGCGAGACCCAAAUCUAGCUGGCCGAGUACCUCAAUGGGGCUUCUCCAAGGGCUUCGACACGUUUGCUCCCAUGGGGCCCUGUCUCGUGGCAUCAGAACUCAUCGGUGACCCUGCGAAGCUGCACUUGAAAACCAUCAUCGACGGCGAGGUUAGGCAGGAUGAGAGUGUUUCAGACCUACUGUUCGACUGUGCCUACUUGGUCUCAUUCCUAAGUCAAGGCACGACUCUGCAGAAAGGAAGUGUUAUUAUGACCGGUACUCCUGGAGGUGUCGGAGCUGGUUUCAAUCCUCCAAGGUAUCUGUUGCCUGGAACGAAGAUGGAAGUUGAGAUUUCCAAAAUUGGCACCUUGAAGAACCCAGUUGUAUUUGCAUAGACUCGUCGAGUCCGCGCGAAUUUUUUGACUUCCUGGAAAGAUCAAGGAGAGAGAAGGAAUAGAGAUUCAAAAACGAUCAACUGCCCAUAGACGGAUCUGAUCACAUCUUAAACUGAGCAGAAAAACCGAUGUCUCACUUA